AUGAAGCUCUUGCUCCUGCUCUUCUUGUCUGUGGUUUCGUGCUCGUCAAGAGCCAAUCUGAGGGAAGAAGAUAUCGCGAAGAUAUGCUCCGCUUACGAACUUCAGCGACGCAAGGGCCUUCGGGGCAAAUCUGGAAUCUUGGGAAGAUAUGGAGAAGUCAUGCGGAAGCAUACCGUGGAAUACGGAAGCAUGGCUCAGGGAGCUGCUCAUCUCGCCUCUUAUCCGGGUCGUUCAGGCCUAGCGGCCGACCGGAGACCCCCCGCGGGACGGAACAAGGACAGGAAACCCAAACCUAAGAGGAACGAAACAGAUGCGAGCGAUGCGAGUAAGAGACGAAUGAGAAAGGAUUACGAGGGUGCCUGCUACUUCGGCUUAGGAUGUUUCGAUAAUGAAGCCUACGGACUGGGUGGUCUCCCAGACGGCUCAUUGGUGGUCAAAUCCUUCUGCCGCAUCUAUAGGAGGAAUGAGAGGACAGGUAUCCGAUUCACAUAUAUGGACGUUUCGGCAGCGGUUCAGUUGAUUCAUGAACCGACUGAAUUGAUUGUCAUCGUGCAUGGCUUCACGUCAGAGUCCUACGCGAACUGGGUGAUCGAUUUGAUGAAGAAAUCGUUGGAAAAUACCGAUUGUGCAGUGGUCACUGUAGACUGGGCUCAGGGAGCUCUCGGUAGCGUUCCCUACAAGCAGGCGAUCAUCAACAGCCAAUUGAUUGGGAGACAGGUCGCCCGGAUCUUAUUCAAACUGAUGGAUCUCACGAGUGGGAAGAUAUCUCCAGAGAACACGCAUUGGAUAGGACAUUCCCUGGGAGCGCAGAUGACGAUAUAUUUCUGGGACUACUUCAGCGAAAUCAGCGGCGGUAGAAUCAUCUCGAAAAUCACGGCUCUCGAUCCCGCUGCGCCGUUUUACGAGAGCUCAAACUUGUUCCUGAACACUUCAAUGGCGGAAUUCGUAGAGGUUAUUCACACGUCGAGCGGAACAGGUCAUGGAACUUCAUACGGGAUGUCGAUUCCCAUAGGUCACGUGGAUUUCUACAUGAAUGGGGGUGAUUCUCCGCAACCGGGGUGCCUCGCGGUGAUGGGUCCGCAUUGUUCGCACUCUCGGGCACAACUUUUCUAUGCCGAAGCCAUCGACGUGAAGAGUCCGUGCACCAUGUUCUCGUACUCUUGCAUGGGAGGCAGGGCUCAAUACGAGGCUGACGAAUGCGACGUGGAGAGCGAGAACUGGAGCGCUAUCACCUUUAAUCAUACCCAGAAUUUGCCCGGGCGGGGGAUCCAGUUCGUCGAUACCGAGGCAAAAAGUCCAUUCUGUGUGCCCGUGGAGCAAGUAGGUCCUCGCAAGCCAAAAAUAAAAGACGACUGCAACUGUGUUUGCCCCUAG